UCCUCAGAUAUCAAAACAAGCCCAGAGAGCAGAAGCAGAAGGCCAUUUAAAAGAUCUCAGGCCUUUUAGUGUCUCGACCAACAGACUUCUAAGAAGCUAGUGUGAAGGCACAAUCAGCUUCAUGUCUAGAAGGAGUCUGAUGUAUAAUCCAAGCUCUCUGCGCCCUUUAGAGCAGGAAAGGCACCAGAUGAGACGGGCUGCCCCAGUUCUCAGUGGCCACCUGCUCAGGAAAGAAGCCUGGGACAGGGGGACGUCUUCGAGGCAGACCGUAGGAAACCCUCCGAUGGUGUGCCAGGACCCUGUUGUCCAAAAUGCCCUGUACACCGGAAACGUACAAGCCGUGAAAGAGAUCUUCUCAAAAGGCUUUCCUUCGGACCUGGUCAUCCAGCCUCAAGGAGGAGCCAUGCGCUGGAGAGCAAAUGGAAAAGUGAAAGGACUGUGGUCAUUGACGUAUGAACAAGAGCUGACCACGCCGCUGCACAUCACCGCCGGCCGGGGCUUCAGCGAAUGUCUGCGGCAUCUCCUGAUGCGGGGCGCUCGAGUGGACCUGGCACCUGGGGGCACCACUGCCCUGCAUGAGGCCUGUGAGGAGUGCCAGCCCGAGUGUGUCAAGCUGUUGCUGCAGUACGGAGCCAAUCCCAACGCAACCAACGAAGACGGCCAGAUGCCCCUGCACGUGUGCACUGAACUCGAUUCACUCGAGUGUGUCAAGCAUCUACUAGCAUUUGGUGCUUUGAUCAGCGGCCAGAGCUUGGAUGAUAACGACACACCCCUUCAUGUGGCGGCCCGCCAUGGCCUUCCCGAUCACAUGGAGCUGUACUUACGACACGGAGCUGCUCUUAACCUACAAAAUGACGAAGGAAACACCCCUCUAAACGCCGCCUGCUCCCAGCCUCAGGACUGCGCGUCUCUGGAGCGCUACAGCCGCGUUUGCCGCAUGCUGGUGUCUGCUGGAGCCGAUAUACACAUCAGUGACGCGGACAAACAGACUCCACUGCACAUGGCGUGUAAGAACGUCAACCCUGACGUGGUGGAUCUGCUGCUGAAGUAUAAAGCCUUGGUCAACGAAAUGGAUUACGGAGGCGACGCACCGAUGCAUAACAUCCUGAAGGUGGUGGCCUACAAGACGGAGCAUGAGCCUGAGAGGAUCGUACAGGCUCUUCUCAAUUACGGAUCCAUCAGGGUGUGGCCUGGAGCUCUGCCCAAGGUGUUGAAAUAUUGCUGCACAUCUCCAAGAACAAUAGAAGUGCUCCUCAACGCAUACGACCGCCUCAAAAUCACCGAAGCCUGGGUAGAAUCUGUAUCUCCCGAGAUCUUUCAGAAACACCGGGAAUUCUACGAAUCCCUGUUUGCGCUGAUGCAGACUCCUCGAUCUCUACAACAUGUGGCUCGUCACAGACUGCGAACGUUUCUGGAAGGUCGCUUGCACAACGUUGUCCCUAAACUGGGUCUACCAACCUUUCUUAAAAACUACCUAAUGCUGUCAUUCAGAGACUAUAUGCACUGACAGAGACCACAGACAGUGCAAGCAUGCAGUAAAUGAGUUUUGUACUAUAACGUCCCUGAGUUUUGUUUUAUUCUGUGUGAUUCUAAAUGGUUUGUGUUGGAAAGCAGCUGUCCUGUCUGAAACGGUCAGGUGAAAAUCUGCUAGGGAAUCAUUAAAUUGAAGGUAAUGCUCAUAAGGCAAAUCUGCGAGUGCGAUAUUUGAUGUAAAAAAAUGUGUUUUAUCAUUACUGGUAUCUAUCCUAAUGCAUUAGAUAAGAGGAUAAAUGGAUGUUUAUGAAGAAUAAAACAGGUAGAGGAUGCAGAAGGUCUGUGUGUGAAGUUGAGACAUUAACCACCACACUGAGGCGCCAUGGAGCUCAAGUGGAAUCUGAAUUCUUCAAAGUUCUCAAAUCUCUGAUAGGAUUCCAUGCUAAAUUGAAUUUAAACUGAACAUUCUGAACGCUUUGAUGUUUUCAUUUUCGUUUAAAAUAAAUGUUUAAAAUGUAUUUUUACUGAUGUAACCAAUUACUUUUAGCUAAUUUACCUAAUAAUCCAUACAUUCAAAUCGUACUACAAAAGUGUUUUCCAGUAAAUAUGUUCUAGGUUAUAUAAAAAAGCAUUUUUUCAGAAAGGCAAGGUUAGAUUAUUUUCUUUCGGUUUAUCCAAUUGUCAAAUUGGGCUUGGUUUGAAUAAUUAGACGAGGUUUUCCUCGUUUACGUCAUAUUUUAUAUUUAAAGAGGAUAAAAGAGAAAGCUUGCUGAAACAUUACAGCUGAGCGAUUUGAUUUUUACAUCGCAAAUCCAUUGUCUCUGUUAAUGAAUGCUGAUUUAGGCGUAGAAGACAAUUUAGAUAAUGAGCGUGAUUUAUAUGGAUUAUAAUGAAAACCACAGAUUACGUUAUUUUCAAACUGUUAAGGUCUACAAGUGUGCAUCACGUCCAUUUUUGGCCAAGUCUGAGAGACAUCCUCUAGCCAUUCUGAGACAUGUGGACGGUUUAUGUGAUUAUAAUUAUGUUAUGAAGAAGCAUGCACUUGAAUGGUAACCAGAAGAAAAGGCGGAGCGCAAAAUGAUGGGGACAAUGAGAGGGCCUCAUGUGUUUAAUGAUCCUGUCAUCUUGACCCAUUACAAAACACCAACAAUGCAAUGGGCAUUUGAGUAAAAGGGUUUACCAGAACAAAUUAUGAAUAAUAAUAAUAAUAAUAAUUUUGGUUUAACUGUAUUGACAUAUCCAUUAAUUGUGAUGCUUAUUAUUAUUAUCAGGUUGGAUGCUGACAAGGUGACACUUUUGAUAAUUUACUGCUCUUUAAAAAUAAAAACGUGAUUCAAAA